CCAAUGCAAUUUUCUACGCAUGUUUCUACAAAUUCUGUAUCUUCCAUACACUACUGUCUCUCUCCCUCUCUCUUCCAUUUUUUGGGUUGGUGAUUCGUACAGGAAACCAUCACAUGUAUUUUUAACAAGCAAACUACUCACAAUUAUCAUCACCCAUUUUAUCUUUUUGGUUUUCGGUUUGUUCAUUGAUUGAACUUCACGUUUUCUGUCGCGGAUCCUUUAUUUGGCAUUGCCAUUUGGCAGAUUUGUUCCGGGCCGCUUUAUAUAAUAGAAAAAAUACAUCUUUUUUUAACAUUGCCUCGCAAGGGUUAGAUUUAAUGGCUCGUCGAUUUAUUGGAAUUUGCUGGUGGAUCUUUUGAUUUCUCUACACUGGCAGGAAGCUCACACAUUAUCCUUUUCUAGGGAAAAAUGAAAUUCGUGGUCCGUUAACUUGGUAUAAUGGCAGUUUCUAAGAGGACUGUUUUCACAUUGAAGUCAUACCGAACCCAGGCUGAGGUUCUUGUUAAAAACUACAUAUUAUCAGAUCCUUUUAUUCCAUACACUUCUGUGGUUGUUGGCGCAUUGACCUGCAAAUUGGUCUAUGAUUUGACUCAGCUCAUCAGCGCCAUUUACUUCAGGGGUUAUAAUGGCCUUACAAAGAUUCAAAGGACUGAAUGGAACAACCGUGGUGUCUCCACCCUUCAUGCCAUUUUUAUUUCAAUUACAUCCUUGUACUUUGUCUUUUGGUCCGAUCUGUUCUCUGAGCACCAUUCUGCUGAGCUUAUUACAUUCCGAAAUUCACCUCUCUCAACAUUUGCACUUGGGCAUGUUCAUUUUCAUUCUCUUCCAGGAGUUGCUCGGGGAAAGGUAUCUGUUGGGUACUUCAUUUCAGAUCUUGGGAUGAUUUGUUGGUUGUACCCUUACUUGGGUGGAGUGGAAUAUAUUGUCCAUCACUCUCUUUCAGCAAUUGCAGUAUCAUACUCCAUGCUCACUGGGGAGGGGCAGCUUUACACCUUCAUGGUCCUAAUAUCUGAGGUGACAACCCCAGAGAUCAACAUGAGAUGGUAUCUCGAUAUUGCUGGGCUGAAGAGAUCCAAUGCAUAUUUGAUCAAUGGCAUUGUCAUAUUUUUUGCUUGGUUGGUGGCAAGAAUUCUCUUGUUUGUUUACAUGUUUUACCAUGUCUAUCUACACCAUGAUCAGGUCAUGAAGAUGCACACGUUUGGAUUUCUUUUGGUAUACGGUGUACCCUCAGCACUUGCUACCAUGAACUUGAUGUGGUUUGGAAAGAUUCUCAAGGGAUUGAAAAAGACCUUAGGAAAGAAGCCGCGAAGCAUUCUAUAAGUUUACUUUGCUUUGAGAUGACGAUAAUUUUUAUAUAUUUCAUCAGCUAAUGUCAAAACAAUGUUAUUGCAAGCAUUAGAAGGAUACUCGGGAUUGGAGAAAAGACAGAGAGAAACGUAGAAGAUGAAGAGAUGUGAUACACGACUUGAUUUCUCAGGUUUGUCAGAAAUGAAUAUGUUGUAAAUGGCUAGGGAUGGAUGAAAUUUGACAUCGCUUUUAUUGUCUCUAAAGCUAUUGUAAUUUUUUAUUAAUGCAUAUCUUUUGUUGUUUC